GUUGCCUCGCAGGCAUGUGAUCUCCGGUUAAAGGUCCAUUUCCUUAUUUUGAGGAAAUGUAUGUAUACAAUGUAUCGACUGGUGGUGCUAUGGCUACUCUGCGUUGUUGCCUCCUCGAAGGACUUUCGUGAGUAUUUACGCAUCUUCAGGACUGGGGGGUCGAGCAGAGAAUGACAAAGAACAUUUCAGAGACUCUUCCACUCGGCACCACGUGAGGAGUUCCGCUUUGCCUCUUAUUAUGGUGAUCACAUGGUCCUACAGAAAGCUCCAGAGCAGUCAGUGCUGUGGGGAUAUGGGAGCGAUGGGGCAGAAGUCAUUGUCUCUUUGGAAGGAGAGCAAGAGAACAGAAAACAUUCUGUGCUUGUGCAAAAUGGGCUCUGGAGGGUGGCUCUGGACCCAGUGAAGGCAGGGGGCCCCUAUAAUGUGACCGCAGUUCAGCAAGGAAAAAACAUCACCUGGGUUACCCUGACGGACGUUUUGUUUGGGGACGUAUGGUUGUGUGGUGGUCAGAGCAACAUGCUCUUCACGCUUUCUCAGGUGUUCAAUGCUUCAGAAGAACAGGCUAUGGCUCCCAAAUUCCCUCAUGUGCGAAUCUUCAUGGCUGCAUUGGAAUUAAGCUCGAUGGAACUUCUGGAUCUACCCAGGGUGGAGGUGCCCUGGUCCAUCCCCUCAGCAGAGCUGCUGGGUGGCCCCAAGUUCACCCACUUCUCGGCUGUGUGCUGGCUCUUCGGCCGCUACCUGUACAAGACCCUGGGAUACCCCGUGGGGCUGGUGGAGUCCUGCUGGGGAGGAACACCCGUGGAGGCCUGGUCAUCACACAGAGUUCUCCAGAAGUGUGGCCUGGAGAAUCAGAACCUCAGACAUCCAUAUUUUUCUUUGAAUGAGACAAAGAGGAACAACUCAGUACUGUGGAAUGCCAUGAUCCAUCCCAUACUCAACAUGACCAUCAAGGGAGCCAUUUGGUAUCAAGGUGAGGAUAAUACAGCGUACCACCAGGACAAGUACACCUGUUCUUUCCCCGCUAUGAUUGAUGACUGGAGGAUGAGUUUCCAUGAGGGCUCAGGGGGACAGACACCCCCAGACUUCCCUUUUGGAUUUGUACAGCUCUGCACACGUGAGAAGAACUCAACAGAUGAAAGUUUUCCAAAUGUGCGCUGGCACCAGACAGCAGACUACGGCUUCGCCCCCAACCCCUGCAUGAAGAGAACCUUCAUGGCAGUUACACUGGACCUGCCAGACGAGGGGUCCCCUUGGGGCAGCAUCCACCCACGCAACAAGCAGGAUGUGGCCUACAGACUGACACUGGGAGCACGAGCAGUGGCCUACGGAGAGAAAGGCGUGUCCUUCCAGGGGCCUUUUCCUGUAAAAGUCUUGCUGAAAGGAGACAGCAUUAACAUCACAUACACUAAGAGUGUCUCUGUCUCCCGAUCCAAAGCUAUAUUUGAGAUCUGCUGCACCAAGGUCAAGAACAACUGCGCAUCUAAUGAGGGAUGGGUCCCUGCUCCUAUCAUGCAUUGGGGCCUGAGCUACAUCCAGGUGUCAGUUGCUCAGUGUCAGAACAUUGUGUCUGGUGUGCGUUAUGCCUGGAGAGACUGGCCUUGUGACUUCAAAGCCUGCCCGGUCUACAGUGCUGACCGGGUUUUGCCCGCUCCGCCUUUCAUUGUAAACCGAUGGCCAUAGCAGGGGGGACAGGAAGGUCACAAGGUUAACAAGGCAAUGAGUCUUAAAGAUGACACAUCAGUCAGGGCAACAUGGCAUUCACAAUGUUAAAAAUCACCGGCAGGAUAACCAAGUGCUUCAGUGAUCCUAAAAGAGACCUAUGUUGCUUACACAUUGCUGCUUUAACCGAGCAGGCCAUCAACAGUACUGAAUCUACAUUCUGACCUUUUUUGAAGGAAUUCUGAAGCAAUUAUAUAAAUAUUGUUCGGUUAAUUCUUGGGUCAAUUUUUUGCAUGUGUAUUACAAUUCAUCCAUUAAAAUGGCAAGCUUUCUUGAUUAAGGAUGAAAGGAAUGCAAUGCUCAACUCCCUGGGCUUUACAAUAUCUAUUUCAUUGCAGGGUGCUUUGAAAUACAUUCAUUUCUGAGUCAGGUUUGGAAGAGUGGAAUGUAACCAUAUGGGCUAAGAUGUUUACUUUUGUUCCUUUUAUUCAACAAAACCAUGAUCAUAGAUAUUGGACAAUAAAAAGAAUUGUCUCACACGCACACACAUCUGAAAUGUAUAAUGUCUGUAGUUUGUGAUAUGUAUAAUGUUUGUAGUUUGUGCGCUAUAGCGAAAGCUAUAGCAUUGAGGUUGUUUAAUUAACAAGGAUGGCAGUU